AUGGCUGAUGCAAUUAUUAAUCUUGCCUUGGAGCAGCUGGUUAAAAUCACUGCUCAAAAGAUAGUGGAAGAGGUGAGGCUAGUAGGUAAUGUCAAAAAGGAAGUGAAAAAACUUCAGAGCAAUCUUGAAGCCAUUCAAGCUGUGCUACUUGAUGCAGAGGAGAGGCAAGUGAAGGACGACAAAGCUGUGAGACGUUGGUUAGAUCAGCUCAAAGACACAUCCUACGACAUGGAAGAUGUGCUGGAUGAGUGGAAUACUGAAAUCAAGAAGUUGCAGGUUGAAGGAGAUCUUGAAGAUGCUCCUGCUCCUAAGCAGAAGGUACGUUCCUUCUUUUUCUGUCCAUGCUUUGGUAUCAAACAAGUUGUUUUACGCCGUGAUAUAGCAAAAAAGAUAAAAGAAUUAAAUGGAAAUCUAGAUAGUAUUGUUGAAGAGAAAGAUAAAUUCAAAUUCAAAAAAAUGAAGAGUAUUGAAAUGCCCAAGCGAGUUCCAAGUACAUCCUUUGUUGAUAUGACUAAAACAUAUGGUCGAGAAGAUGAGAAGAAUUUUUUAGUGAAUCCUUUCGAUGAGUUUAAGGUUGCCAAAGCAAUCAUCGAAGAAUUGAAAUGUCCUACCGAUAAUUUAAUUGAAUUACAAUCUCUUUUGCGAUGUAUUCAUGAAUAUAUUAAGGGUAAGAAAUUUCUUCUCGUUUUAGAUGAUGUGUGGUUAGAAGAUUACAACAAAUGGGAACCAUUUUAUAAUUGUCUAACGAAUGGUUCUCAUGGUAGUAAGGUUUUGAUUACAACAAGGAAGGAUACAGUUGCAUCUAUUAUGGGCUCAGUUAAUCUUGUCAUUUUGAAGGAAUUAUCUGAGGGGGAAUGCUGGCUGUUAUUUAAACAAUUCGCAUUUUUUGGUAGGCCUCCUAAGGAGUGUGAAAAAUUAGAGGAAAUUGGAAGAAAAAUUGUUGCAAAGUGCAAAGGCUUGCCGCUUGCUGCAAAAACUAUUGGCAGUCUCUUACAAUUAAAGAGAACUAGAGAUGAAUGA